CUGCAAGAGAAUCCAACAUAAAUGCAUUCAUAGUUGUUCUGUCUCAACCAUUAAAUGCUAUCACUAUCAUCUUGACUGCAAUCUCUCUCUCUCAUCCUAGUUCUGUGUAAAUUGAAAACCAAAAAAUUUGCAAAAAGUUUUGUCACAAUGAUGAUGAUGAUGCAACUUCACCAAUGCUACAGAACUUACAUUUAUUGCUAAUAAAUCCAGCUUGAAACUCGCUGAUGCAUGCCCCUAUCCAGUAAUAAUGCCACCUCAGAUCACUUUUUUCAACAUCCAUGUUCUUCCCUAUUUAUUACUAGCUCGUAUCUCACUGUACUCUCAGAAUCUUCAAGUGUUGAAAACAUGCUUUGAAUUUUCUGCUUUUUUUGGUUUUCACCUUUUCUCUAUUAAUGUGUGCUAGCUUUUGUUGAGAGUUGAAAGAGAGAAAGUGAGAAUGGGAAGGUCACCUUGUUGUGACAAGAAGGGUUUGAAGAAAGGACCUUGGACUGCUGAAGAGGAUGAAAUUCUUGCUAACUAUAUCAACAAAAAUGGUGGUCAUGGAAGCUGGCGUUGUCUCCCUAAGAUCACAGGACUUCUUCGUUGUGGUAAGAGUUGCAGGCUUAGGUGGACCAACUAUCUGAGACCCGACAUUAAACGCGGACCCUUUACUCCUGAGGAAGAAAAACUAGUCAUACAACUUCAUGCCAUUCUAGGAAAUAGGUGGGCUGCAAUUGCAUCUCAGUUACCAGGAAGAACUGACAACGAGAUAAAGAACUUUUGGAACACGCAUUUGAAGAAGCGUCUCAAAAGCAUGGGGAUUGAUCCAAAAACACACGAGCCAGUAGCCUCGUCAACUAGUUACCCAAAUCACAAGUCACACGCAUCGAUUUUGACACGUCACAUGGCUCAAUGGGAGAGUGCAAGGCUCGAAGCAGAAGCCAGACUCUCAACUGAAUCAUCACACUUCAACAACAGCAGCAGCAACAACAACAACAACAAUCAUAAUUCCUCUGAAAAAACUGAUUCUUCUCAUGACUACUUUCUCCGAAUAUGGAACUCUGAAGUUGGAGAUGCAUUUCGCAAUGUUCAAAAACCAGACACCGAUCAUGAUACCAAAACGAGCCGCUGUCAGAGUCCUAUUUCUGCUGUCACAGCAUGCAGCAGUGUGAAAGAAGAACCGGAGUGGAAAAACGAAAAGUUUUGCGCUGAAAAUGUGAUUCUUGAAUCUGAUUCAACAAGCUCUAAUGACUUGGAAGAUUCAUCGGACACUGCUUUGCAGCUCUUGUUCGAUUUUCCUAUGAACAACGAUAUGAGCUUCUUAGAAAACUAUUUUAAUUAACUCCAUUAGGUAUUUGCACUACUAGUUAGAGAAGUAAAAAAUGACAUAUGUUCUAAUUCAGUUGCGAAAUUUUCUGACAGAAUUAGAGACAUAUUUCAUGUUUACUUUACGAUAAAUUUCCGACUAAUUUUACUUUUUCUUUCUUUC